AUGUCAUAUGCGAGACGGCCAGGCGCCAUGUUCUCGGUGCAAGAAAAGAGGCCUUCCGUGCACUGUCAACAGGAGCUUACAGACCCUUUUAGAGGAGGAUGUGACGUAUGGAAAGGUGCCAUGGUCCACAAGAUCCGGCGACUUGAAGAGGCUAUUGCAAAGAUCGCAAACAAAGUCGAUAUACCUGAAUUGAAGUCACAAGUUGAAGAGCACCUGGAGUCAUUAAGUCCGCCCGUGGAUUUGACCAAUGCAGAGCCAUCAACCUUCAGUCCUGAAUCCCAUCACCAGUCUCAGGCUCAGGUUCAGGUUCAGGCCCCUAGUCAUCCAAGGGAUGAUCGCGAAUUACCUCGAACUUGGGAAGUUGUUAUGGAUCCUCGAGGGGGCCCGGCUUCUAUCCCGGCUUCAUGUCUCUCGGAUAGCGCGAGAAGCGCACUGCCGAACAGUUUACCCAACACACGCCGCCCAGACUUAAUAUCGACUGGAUUGAUUACCUUACGACAGGCGCUGGCUUUAUUCGAAGAAUACCAUCUACGGCUGGAUCACUUUCUGUAUAGAAUACUGGGCGAUCACAUCAGCUUAGACUCGGUCAGAGUGGCUUCGCCCCUGUUAACUGCAGCAGUCUGUACAGUUGGGGCCCUUCAUUCGCAGUCCCUGGCCCAUUUAUUCGACAUUUGCUAUAAUGAGUUCAAGAGCCUUGUCUCGACGCAAAUAUUUUCUCGGACUGCGAACGAGGAUGACAUCAGGGGGUUAUGUAUCGGGGCAUUCUGGCUACAUGAACUUUCCUGGGCAUUGAUUGGAAAUGCUGUACGAGUGGCAUCAGAUAUUCACCUCCACAGUGGAAUUUACAAGGCUCUAAAGGGGGAUAGGGAAGGCUAUCUUCAGGUUCGGCUAUAUUACCUUGUCUAUGUCUGCGAUCAUCAUUUUUCGAUUGCAUACGGCCGACCACCAAUGUCUCACGAAGGGUUCAUAAUCAAAUCUGCGUCUCAGAUGCUCCAGACAGAGCAUGCGACUGAGGAUGACGCUCGUCUCAUCAGUCAAGUCCAUGAGUGGUCGAUCUUAAGUCAAGUAUUUGACACCUUUGGCGUGGAUGUAGAUACGGCAAUCGCGCCCCAAAUAAUACCUCAGCUCCGUCGUUACUCUAUCGCAUUGGACACAUGGCUCGCAGAUUGGAACGAAAGAUUCAGAGAGAACCGCAACGUGGGAAAUUAUCCACAAAAGGGCGUGGGCUUUCAUUUCCACUUUGCCAAGCUCUAUCUCUGCUCUCAUGCAUUCCGGGGUAUGCCUGCAGCCGAAGCCACCACAGAAUGGUUCACCCCUGAAUUGGAAGAGAUCGCCAAUGCUGGUGUACUUUCAGCCAUGUCUAUCCUCCGUGUGAUUGUUUCCGACGCAGAAUUUCGAUCCUUCAUGAAUGGACUACCAUUGUAUUUUGACACCAUGCUCGCCUUUGCCAUGAUUUUCUUGCUCAAAGUUGCCACAAAAUAUGCCAUGGUCAUUCGAAUCGACACUGUCAAAAUACUGUCUUUGGUCGCGCAAACUGUGGCUGCAUUGCGAGAAAUAACUCGAACCAUGCACCGGCAACAUUUACUCGUUGCCAUUGCUGAAGGUCUGGGGCGACGCCAUGUACCAUCCUUCACCGAUGGUGGAUCCAAAUCCUCAGUUUGA